AUGGAUGCAUGCGUGAAUAUGUUCGAUCAUUUGUUGGAGAAAUCUGUGAACUGUCCGUGGUCCACAAAGCCGGCUGUGGACUCGGAUGUAAGCUUUUCGUCCUCCUACUUUGAUGAGGAAACAGCUGCACUACGGGAAGGCAUUCCGAAUCAACCAGAUGAUGAACAAACUUCUGAGUCGUCCACAGACCUCGCCACCUAUUGCACUCCAAUGUCCGUAGACAAUUUGGAUGAACAGGAGACUGAUGCAGUCCUCGGUCCAGCCCCCUCUACCGAUCCGAUGACCGAUCAGUGCGUGGAACCGCUCUCCGUAGAACCAGUGAAUGUGGAUGUACCUGCUGGAUCGAGUGAGAACGUAGCCACUGCUGCGACCUGCGGAUCUUUAGAGCCUCCGGAAAAGCGACGCUCGGCGAGAGUACGACCGGAUGUGGAUUUGACUGAUGGAUUGAAUCGUUAUCGCUCUAGACGCACGUAUUCGUUUACCGGUGAAAGUCGAUCCACCGUCAAAUCUCCGGGACGUGUGCCAACGGUGAAAGAAGUGAAAUCGAAACCGCUGAAUCGGUUCCGAUGCGCAGAACAAUUGCGAGGUCUAUUGCCGACAGUUGUGAGAGACCUGGCUAAAAUAUUGAAUGAAGAGGCCAUCGGUUCAGGCGACAAAUCAUCACAGCCCCCAUCCGCGUCGAAUUCAUCACAUUCGAAAUCUGAGCCUUUGGAAGAGACACACGAUCGAUACUCCUACCUGUGGUCUCCAGAAGCCGUUGCCGAGUUCUUACGGAUGCUGAAUCCUACAAAACCGAACGCGGUCACGUUCGGUAUCGCAGUACUCCUGCAAGUUUCUCAACUCCACGGUGAUAAGUGGCCAUCAAAACUGUGUGAGCUCUAUGUCUCACUGUUCGAACGGUUACGAUGCAGUUUUCCCCGAUGGUUCCUAACACCAUCGGAGUAUCGGGAAACGAGUGAAACCGUGUCAGCCGAGACAGGAGAUCCGUCAGAAGGUGAUUUGUUACCAAUCCAUGUACUAGGUCUUCGGGCCCCACCAAACCUGCCGGUGCUUACUCGAUUCCAUUUAAUCUAUGUGGAACUACGGUUGGAACAACUGGAGUGCAUUCUAUCUCCGAACUCAAUUCCGGUCCCGUUGGAUCAUCAACCGCGGGAUCCACGAAAUCAACCAACCGAGCGUCUGCUAUCAGAGGCUACUGUGAUGAUCCUGAUGGAUGUGCUUUCCCUUCACGACCCGGGUACUGCUGGAUUUCCUAAUGCCCACGCACAUUAUUUAUGGGUGAAUUACUUGCUCGCCUCAAUUAAACAAGACUAUACUGAAAUGGAGGGUUAUCUGACCGUGGCAUGCACAAAUUGUGGUGGAAAUCACGUCGAUCUUGGAGCAACGCCGGAUGGCACGUUUGAAUUCAUCCGGGCGACCGAUCGAGCGUUUAAGAUCAAACUAUUCAGUUAUCUAAUGGAAGCAACUCCUCUGAGUAGGUUUGACUAUCGUGUCCCCGUUGGGGGCAUCUUCUUUGGUCUCCAUCAUCUAGUCAACUCUCACCCGUGGCUCCACGAAGCUGAGCUUCAGUACGGUACUUGUGGUCACGUGCGUGACGCGGAUCUGCUCUCCUUAUUGGAGUGUUCUUUGGAACACCUCAUCGAGCAGGCGACAUUCGUGACUAGCACAACGGAGACGCAUGCAAAGCUGAUUACAGCUCCGGAAGAAUCUGCUCCCAGCCAACCCGUAGACAAGUUAUCUUCAAGCAUUCAGCCACGUCUGGGCUACAGAGCUUCCGUCGUGUUGCUGGAAAGUGCUCUAUGGUUGACCACAAAUCAAACGGAAAUUGAUCAGUGGGCGGAAUCAAGCCGGGGUCAAAGAAACCAGUCGAACACAGUUGAUGUACAACUAAAAAGUUUAGCCAAUUCGGCAUUUAAUUUACUUGCCAAAUUUUGGGAUUUGUUGGCUAAUGAAUACUCAGCCUAUUCAGCAAUCCCAUCUCCGACACCAACAACAACGACACCCAAAGCAAUGCAAACUCAAAAAGACCAACUGGUGCUAAUAAACAAGUCACCUAUUCGAUUCUGUAUUCUUCCUGAGGAAAUAGAUGGAGAGGUGGAGACGCUAUCGACAGAUGAACCACCUUGUGUAGAAUGUCUUCCGUCAGUCGGAGAAGCAUGUCUCGCAGUAUGUGCUUGUCUGGAAUGGAUUGCGGUCCGCGUGGAGGCCACCGCACCCGAAUCUGCGGAGAUCGCGGAACUCCUGGCACCCCGGUUUAUCACGGUAAUCUUCGAACACUUGACUUGUAUUGAACAAUCAAUUCCAGUUUCUGCAUUACCUGAUGCGUUACGCGCGUAUUAUGAAACUUCUCAAGGUUGGCUGGAUCAACUUCCAGAUAAUUUGCUACUGGCUCUGUACACCGGUCGUUCAGCCGCUCCACCUAGUUUAGCUUGGCUUCAUUGGUGCCACGAGUUACUGUCCUCCCGUCAAAGUCCCAAGAAUGAUACGGGUACAUAUUGCCGCCAGCGAAAGGAUCUCCUAGCCCUACUGCGCCAACUGGUUUGGAGGACGGCGUGUGUUUUGACCUCAGUCACAUCCCUGGUGCGAGAAAAAGCGGCAUUGAUUGUACUGAAUCAAUCAGUGUCCACGGAAUCCACCCACUCGGACAAUUCACUCGCUUCCUCUUCCACGGCUGGUUCGCCAUCCACCCCGGUACGACCAUUCGGUUCGGAAGAGGAGUUCGUUCAACUGCCUCCGUGCACUGGUGAUGAUGAUACUGUGGCCUGUGUGGAAGACCUUAUUCGGUCCAGUUUUCAGCCUUGGCCGGCGGAUUGUGUAUCACUGAAUCAUAUAUUAGCUCAGGCAAUCCUUUGCCUUGUGCCAUGCUCUCUGUUUCGUCAAUUGGAUGCAUCUGCUGUCCGCUCCGGUGGAUCACACCGUUGGAACUUGCAUACCUCUGUUACGAACAUACUUAGCAACCGUCCAGACGCUCCGGGAUCCGAGAAUGAAGGUGGUCCACCAUCCGCUGGUGCGCUAUAUUCUGAGGAAUAUGGCCCGGCUGACUCAGACGACAGUGUUUGUAUCACUCCAUUGUGGAUUCAACAAGUCAACAAAUUGCUCACUGAUCGGCAUUGGUGCUCCCACACUGCCCCCGCUUGUUUCGCUCACUCUGUAUGGUGGUCUUCACAAGUGAAUUCGAUACCGAAAGAAGUUCAGCUUCUCGAUUGGAAUUGUAUGCAGACCGUGUUUGAAUUCUGCUAUCCAACUCGCAUCCCGGAAUACGAUAGUAUCAAAACACUAUCCAUAUCGAACGAGUUGCUAAGUCUGCUGCAAGCUGCGGUCGAGCUUAUACCACCUGCGGAAGACGCUCGCAUGUUGAGUGCUGCGCAAGUCGAACAAAUGAUGCAGUCCAAAGCGAAAACGGCAGCCGAGUUGCCAGAGGAACCGUUGGGUCUCAGACUGGCGAUAAAGUACUAUCUGGAAGACUUGCGUGCCUGUCCCCGUCGAAGUAGUACUUGGGCCGCGUUAGGUCUGAUUUACUAUAGCGAUUUGGAGCAGAUUAUUAACUUGGCGUCCACUCGCAGCUUCCCGGACGUGCAUUUGAACAUCUGUCGGAAGUGGCGUUCCAGCAUGUUACAACUGGCUCGUCACUGUUAUGAACAAGUAAUGGCUAUGCAAGGGGCGAGCGCCAUCUCAAAGGCAUCGUCCAGUGCCGCGGUCGACACGCACGAUGAUACGGGAGUUAGUCAGUCGGUGGAUCCGUCUAUCCAUCCGGAAGAGGGAGCAAAACAGGCAAAAGACGAGGAAUGGUUGUGUCGCUAUAUGCUGGCUAAAUGUUCUGAAAAGGAGGCGCACCUGGUCGUUCAGGACUGUGAUAAUGUAGUCGGCAUCGCACCGUAUUUGUUGUCAAUUUUAGACCAGUAUCAUCAAGCACUCCAAGCUCUUGAUGCAGCCGGAGCAAAGUAUCCGAAAAAAGUGAUUGUUUAUCACAAAUUACCGUUUCGUGCAGUGGAGGCUAUCGAGGUAUACUAUCGCAUUCACGCACUGACGCUCAAAACUCUAUUGUCCUACGGUCUUCCGGAUCCCGAUACCCUUAAACCAUAUUCAGAUCAAAUCCCAUUAGUAGACCUUCGGGAAUUCCUCAUCACAAUCCAGUCUUCCGAAUUCGUGGCUAGUUGUGGUAAACCACGGCAAUUUCUUCAAGUGACGGGUUCAAAUCCAGCUCUUGUGGAGGCGUUGAUCAAAAAGCGGUUAAGCAAACCUGGAUUUGUUGCCAUAUGCAUGACCAUGUCCAUUUCGGCUUUUAUGUUGGAUCGCCCAUAUUCUAUCAAAGACAAAAAGAACCGACAGUAG